AAAAACUGACAAUGGCACGUAUGCGUAUGAAGAAAUUGGAAGAAUUUUUGUCAGGUGUCGAUGGUUUUGAAAAGCCAAAAAUCUUGUUGGAACAAUAUCCAACACCUCCUCAUAUAGCCAGCUGUGUUUUGUAUAAUGUGGAGGCCCAAUAUUUUGAUUUGGAAGAUAAAUUAGUAGGCGAUUUAGGAUGUGGCUGUGGUAUGUUAAGUAUUGGUUCCUUUCUGCUGGGUGCACAACUAACCAUUGGAUUUGAGUUGGAUUCGGAUGCAAUUGAUAUUUUUCGCAACAAUGUCACGGAAAUGGAAAUACCAGCUAUCGAUUGUGUCCAAACGAAUGUACUCGAACUGUCUGGCUCAAAAUGGGAGAAUGCAUUUGAUACAAUUGUUACAAAUCCGCCAUUUGGUACAAAACACAAUGCCGGUAUGGAUAUGAAAUUUAUUGAGACGGGCAUUCAUUUGGCUACCGGUGCUGUUUAUUCCCUGCAUAAAUCUUCAACAAGGGAUUACAUACACAAAAAAUCCAAAGAUUGGAAAGUAAAAGGCGAAGUGGUGGCCCAACUAAAAUAUAACAUAGACAACAGCUAUAAAUUCCAUAAAAAUAAAUCAGUUGAUAUUGAAGUGGAUUUUUGGCGUUUCGAUGUAACGGAAAAAGAAUUAUAA